CACCUCCUGUUGUUAUGGUCACGGCCGCCGCAACAAACUCGUGACGAAGACGACAUAAUGGGUAGUCACGGGUCCCUGGUCCUUACCCACACGCACGCGGCUCUAAUACCGUCUUAGUAACGAUGUAGCCUUAUAUUGGCGUCUAGUAUAAUGGCAUGAGUUUGAAUUUAAAGAUGAUGACAAAAGAGGAUGAUGAUUUGGAGGAGGAGUUGCGUUGCCUUGACAUCCGUGAGGAUCUUGGGGCAGAUGACAGUGAUGUCACGCCUACAAACACGCCUCCAACUUCUCCCCCAAUUCUGUACAUCAAGAAAUAUCCUCCAAACAACACAAAUUAUGAAGACUUCCAGGACUGUGGAAGAUAUUCAAGACAGGAAGAAAGUGAUAGCAGAACUGAAUCGUCUUUAUCAUGGGGUGAUGAUGAAUUUGAGGGAGAAGCCACGAGACAAGUGGGUAUGCUCUUUGAUCAGCUCGAUAGUCUUCUUUAUAACGAGCAACUGCCACUCUCCCCCGUACCAUAUUCCUCAGAGUUUAGCAACGCUGACAAUUUGUCAAUAAGACGAUUGUCGGAUUCCCAUGUGAAGACAAUUAAUGAUGUAGAGGAUUCACCAUCUAAAGAAGAUUCGGAAGAGUCGAUAGGAAUAUCGGAUGUAUCGAGAACUACAACAGUGAGCCAAAGAGAGAAUGCCUUUGAUGUGGCACAAGUUGCUCCAACAGAAAUUCUAUAUAACAGCAGUAGUUUAUUGAAGUCCAGUCCAAGAUUUAACAUAGUUGCAACUCUUGAACCAACAGCAGAAUUACAAGAGGAAUGCUCAAGUUGGGUUCAACAUUUCCCACACUUCAGGGUAAGAGGACGCAGCUUGAGUAAUGAACUACUAAGUCUUCUUGAAGAAUGUAUGGCUGGAGGCAGUGCAUCACGGGAAAACGUUGAAGAAAAGGAAGAGGAAGAGGUAAUUACAGACGAUGGGGAUUUUCACCACUUGUUACCUUUAGUUAGUUUUAACAGUGCCAAUCAGGUCAAGAAUUCUCGUAGUGAUGACCAGAGGAGGGAAACUUCCAGUAGUCGAGUGUGUAGCGGAUCUAACGAUCCUGAAGUGUUAAAAGAACAAAUCCUUAUUUUGCUCUUUGACAAGUUGUGGUCAUCAAUGACAAAGACACUUGAGCCACUUCUUCAUCAGUAUGCCAAAUAUAUUAUAGAACAGUCAGUACAAUAUUCCUCAUUAUCCAGAGAGCCCAGUACCCGAGGGGCACGGUGUCAAACACCCUCGAGGAAAGUGAGUGAAGAAGUCAAACGGACAGACGCAGUGUUUCCCAAACCUUCUUAUGCUGUGCAAAGACUAAUCACUAGUGAAAGCAAAGGGAGCUGUGAAACCAAUAGACCAUUAAGUGGGAUCAGAAGAUCUUGUAGUGCUGCCAACAGAUUACAGAGUCCUCAUUUUGCACCAUACAAACACCAAGAGGAACUACAAGAUUUAUUACAAAUCUCUUCCAAGCCCCUACAAAUGUACGACGAUCGAGGAAGAUUCAGAACGUCGUCGGCUUCAGCAGUCAGAGGCUGUUCGGCUCAGUCUAUAUCCCAAGUAUCUCUCCCGUCUCUGAGUACUCCAAGAACUCCUGUGCACAGGCCAGUGUCAUCGAAGAUAUAUAAUCAUCUUACUCCUUUGCGAGUAGAGGAUCCCAUCAGUUAUGGAGAACAAAGACCUGCAUCUACCUCUUCAUAUUAUGCUCGUACCAGAUUUCAAGAAAAGUUUCAGCAUAUGAGUCGACACGGGACUAUCCAAGAGUCUUGGGGAGAUAAUUCAGGACUAGAUGUGGAGAAGGAUGACUCUUCAGAAGUUGCCAAUUCUGCGUGGUCAAGACACAUGCCGUUCCUCCCACCAAUUACAGAUAGUGGGGACACGCCACAUAAACAGCAGCACCAACAGCCACAGCCCCCGGUCAUGACAGGGGAAGACCUUCAGCGGUCUGCCCUGAGUGUUAGAGGUACCAUGCUCUCGGCUUCGCACCGCCCUCCUCUUUACGCCAAGUCUAGAAAUCACGUUUUUGGUCCCGUCAUGACUGAGGCCGGGAGAAGCAAGGAAUUAACACAUGCAGACGAGAAGUAAACGGGAUGGGUUAAAUUAUGGUGUGUUGAGUAUGUGGCGUAAAGGACAAGAGAUAUGUGCAGAAAUGUGUUGUAGGUGUUUUGGUUGCUUGAAGCUACAUAAUUAACAGCAGUGUUAUAACACUUGCUAGUCACAGGGUUUUGUAUUCACGGUCACCAGUACAAUAAGUUUUCACUUUUAUCAUUGCUUUCAUUAAUGGUGUUUUCUUUUUGAUAAUUAACAAAUUAGUCAACAAAUUUGUUAUGCAUCACUUUAUCAAAUGUUUAUUUUUAAAAAGAGAGCUUCAGCCACCAUAAGAGCCUCACAUUCUUUAAGCCAACUAUUUCUGCCAUAUCGUAAUGAGUUAUGUACAAGCCUUAUGUACUUACCGGGUAUGAGAGCAAUAGUUCUUUUGUCCCACCUCUUGCUCAGUGAUCAACUGCUGUAGAGGUUCCACAUCCUACUGGGCUCUCAUACAUAUCCAUUUCAAGUUACGAG